AUGCGCGACAUCCAAGUCAUGGCCGCUGACAGUCACGCACCUUCCCUCUAUUCCUGCCCCGCCGAGAUUGUCCUCGCCAUUUCUCAACAUCUCCCCUCCCGCCUUGACAUUGUCAACCUCUCCUCCGUCUCCCCCUACUUCCGCGCCCUUCUCAGUCCUCAGGCAUUCCGUCGCAAGCUCGCGCACAGCCUCUACGCCAUCCAGCUUGGCCCAAUCCACGAGACGCGGGACCCGCAAGAAUGGGGCCUCUGGAUGUGCCCUCCAACCAUCAGGCCCUAUGUGACCGAGCUAGUCCUGAGCCUCAACAGCUUCUACGGCACAAGGUUCUCGCGCAUCCGCUACCACAAUGGCUUGCCGGUUGUGCAGCUCCCCUUCCGGCUACAGGACUUCAAGCAUGUGGACAACUAUGAAGGGAUACGCUCACUGAGCCUCAUCUUCAUCCGUGAGCACCAGCAGUUCAGAGGCACCGAGCGCAAUCUGGUCCGUCGGGAGAUGUUCGACCGCGCCAUGUCUUGGAUCGACAAAAGCUGCAGAGAGUCUCUCGCCCCCGACUCCCUGACCAUCGACGGGAUCGAUCCCGUCCAUGCGUGGCAAUUCCGCGAGCUGGAGCCAAGUUUCAGAGAGCUGUUUUGGCGUGUCAAGUCCUUGAAGCUCGUUGUCAUCGAGGUGUACCAGCCACAAUCACACAACAGGGCCGCCGCCCGCCUCCGCCAGUUCUUCCAGACCUGGGUGCUCCCUGCCAGGUCUGCGGAGAUUCUGCAGAUCCUGUCAGAGUUCUACAUGUCGCCCUAUCUCGACUUUACCCCCUGGGAAGGAGUGCACUUCAAGCACCUCCGUGAGCUCUCACUGUCGAAGAUCAUGUUCUCGUCAAGAAAGGGCCCGGAAUUUGUCGAGAGCGUCAUCCUCUCCGACGCUGUUUCCGCCACGCUCGAGAAGCUGACUUUGACUCGGUGCCCCAUCCUCUACAUUGGCCUCUCGCGCCCUGGAAGAACUUGGGCCACGAUCCUCGCGGGUUUCACGGCAAGGUUGAGAAGGUUGAAGAUGUUCCGGGUGGAGAAGAAGCUUGGGUAUAAGGUUCUGCUCGUCGACGGGCAUAUACAGGGCUUUCUCCAUGUGCACGCCCGGCGGCGACCUGUGAGAAAUGCGGUGUACCUGGCGGAUGUGGAGGCGCUACUGCAGUUGUGGAAGAGGAUUGGACAGACCCCGAGGUUUUACAUAUUGAAUUGA